AUGAAACCCCAAACCCUCCUCCUCCCCCUCCUAACAACCCUCCAAAUAACAACGGCAAAACCACCCCCAACCCCCAAGCCCGCAACCCUCUGGGCAACCCACUACAACGGCAACGUCUACACCCUCACAUUGAGCCCCCAAAAUGACCUCCAAGUCACCCAAACCCUAAAAACAUGCGGCAAAAUGCCCAGCUGGUUGACCCUCGACGCACACACGCGCACAGUGUACUGCUCCGAUGAAGACGGCACAACAGACGCAUCAACACACGGCUCCCUAACAGCCCUACACGUCAACACGAACGGGUCUCUGAGCGAGAUCGCCAAGACGGAUACUGUCGGGGGUGGUGUCGCGAGUGUUCUUUAUGGUGGUGAUAAAGGGGGGAAGUAUAUCGCAAUUGCGCAUUACGAAGGAGCAGCAGUCUCAACAUUCACCCUCCCCCUCAAGCCCUCCCAGAAGGAAUCCCAAUCCUUCCACUUCAACCUGACAAGGCCAGGCAAAGUUGCGCAGCAGGAUACACCACACCCGCACGAAGUCUUCCUUGACCCGACGGGGACAUUCGUGCUCAGUCCCGAUCUAGGCGCCGACUUGCUGCGUGUUUACUCGAUCGAAGGCUCGAAUGGGAAGUUGCGUGAAUGCCCAGCAUUGAACAUCACGUACGGAAGUGGACCGCGCCAUGGGGUUUUCUGGACGGAUGGGACGGAUCGGUCUUCCCGGGCCUCUGCCUCGUCCUCUCCUUCUGGAAAGAGUGGUGCAUCCAUGCACCAAGCAAAGAUGGCAGCUGUCGGCAAGACAAUGCUCUACCUCGUGAACGAAAUCGGCGGGACACUGAUGGUUUAUGAUGUCUCGUACUCCCGGUCUGGAUGUUUGUCUUUUGAGAAGACUCAGACUAUGGUUCCGUACCCCGGCGGGAAGAUGCCUGAAGGGGCUACGCCUGCUGAGAUCCGGCGGGUUGGAGAUGCGUUUUAUGUUUCUAUUCGGAGUGACCAGGGUUAUGCACCUGCUGAUUCGAUGGUUGUUCUGGAUCGGAAUGCUGCUGAUGGAUCUGUCAAGGUGCAAAAUACUGAUUCCGCGUUUGGAAAGGUUCCCCGGACUUUUGUGAUCAAUCGACGGGGGGAUCUGGUUGCUAUUGGGAACCAGGCUUCUGCGACGGUUGCUAUUGUGCGGCGGGAUCGGACGACUGGGGAUCUUGGGGAGUUGGUGGCCAAGGUUCAGGUUGGAGGGCCUGGGAAGGUUGGGAGUGCUGAGGGGUUGAGUAGUGUUAUUUGGGAUGAGUAG